AUGCCACCAGAAGAGAAUUCCCCGUUGCUGCCUCAGCAUAAUCCAGCCUCUACGUCACCACGGGCAAGCCGGACGCCGCGGUCGGUAUCAUUCAAUCCGCUCACGCAAAUCAGCACUUAUGGCACCUCCUCUACCUCCGAUCCUACAUUCCGACCCCUGCAGACAGGCUCACCUCCAGUCCUCAAUGUCAAUGCCCAGGGUAGCCAGCCCCGUCCGGGCAGCCAGCCCAUGCUCUCAGCGUUGAACAGCAAACUCCGCCGUCGCAACAGCCAUGGGGCUGCUCCCUUCAACGCUUCGUCAUACCCAUCACACCCAGCAUCUAAGAUUGGACCGCAGCGAACCACCAAGAAAGCGCAGAAACUAAAGUUGCUCCCCGAUCCGGUGACAGAAGAGGAAGAAGGCUUUGAUGGUGAUUUCCCUCGGGAUGUCUAUUCGCAAAUCACUCGGAUUAAGGACCCCGCCGCACGAAGCCACGCCGCCCGACUAGGCAAAGCCGACCGCGAUCGCAUCCCACGAGUCACAGCUUACUGUACGGCCAAUUCGUAUCGGUUGGAGGGCGUGACCAAGUUCCUCAAGUCGCGGAGCAAGACUCGUGGAGCGAAUCCCAAACUUUACGACGAAUGUGUUUACUCGCCUUUUGACUACCAAUACGAAGAAAAGCAGAAGGGUCGGAUAUUCCCCGACCCAGGUGGUAAUGGACACCCUGAGCGACGACCCAGCGAAAGAAGGUACUCGGACAGCGUCGUGGAGGUGGAAGACAACAAAAAGAGCCGAAGGGAUGAUUUGAUUGAUUUGCACGAAGAGGCUGGACAUUCAGCAGACCAUACUGAACAAGCAGUGGUCCAAGAUACCCCCGACAUUGACACCACAAUUCACACACCGGAAAUAUUUCUCUUCGAUUACGGCACAGUCGUAAUAUGGGGAAUGUCCCCAGCGCAAGAAUCACGAUUCUUGUCCGAUAUCUCGAAAUUUGCGACCUCCAUCUUGAGCCCUGAUGACACGCAGAUUGAAAAUUUCAACUUCUACUAUGCGCGGGAAUACCAGGCCAGGAUUUACAACGACUUCAUCUCUCUUCGCGACCCACGCAACAACAUGAUCAAGCUGGCCAUCUCUCAUGCUCUAGCUCAAUCAGUCAAGACCUCGCUUUUCGAAGAUCUUGUGUCUGAAACAAUUACCGACACCGCACCUCUGCCUGCCCAGAUUGCCCAGACUGGUAGUGUCAAUCUCACACGCAAGCAGAUCAACAUGCAGAUCGGAGAGCUGUUCAUUCUCCGCAUCAACAUCCAUUUGCAGGGAUCUGUCUUAGACAGCCCUGAACUUUUCUGGGCAGAACCGCAACUGGAGCCUGUGUACCAGGCAGUCCGAAGCUACCUGGAGAUGGAUCAACGAGUCAGUCUGUUGACGGAGCGACUGGAUGUUAUUGCGGAUUUGCUUGCAGUCCUCAAGGAUCAAUUGACCCACCGUCACGGCGAAUAUCUCGAAUGGAUUGUCAUCGUCUUGAUCGCCGCGGAGAUUCUCGUGGCUGCAAUUAAUAUUGUUGUCGAUCUCUACGCUGGGGUAGACUAG